UGCUGCCAAGCUGGAGGCUGAAGGACUCUGAGGGGUCCUGAGGAAGGUUAGGGGCAAAAUCACAGCAAAAAUGCAGAAUGUUUUCAUGGUAGAGUGGAGACACUGUGUUUAAAUCAGCACCAGCAGAUGAUGAAGGUGAGAUUGCAGGACAUCUUCUAGGGAAAAUUACAGCAACCCUGAGAAGAUUUACUACUCUAAGACGCUGCUUCCUCCUGUGCUGACGAGAGGAUGUUCGGCUGACCUUGGAGCUCGCUGAUCGGCUCGCUGAGCUUCGCUGGUCGCAGCUGCUGUCAUGGCCAAAAGCCCGGAGGUGAAGCUGGCCGUCUUCGGCAGAGCUGGCGUGGGCAAGUCAGCUUUGGUGGUGAGAUUUCUGACCAGACGCUUCAUCUGGGAGUAUGACCCAACACUUGAAUCAACAUAUCGUCACCAAGCCAAUAUCGAUGAUGAGGUUGUCACCAUGGAGAUUCUGGACACUGCAGGGCAGGAGGACAUCCAGCAGAAGGAGGGCCACAUGCGUUGGGGCGAUGGCUUCGUCAUUGUGUACGACAUCACAGACCGGGGAAGCUUUGAGGAAGUGGCGCCACUCCGAAGCCUCUUGGAGGAGGUGAAGAAGCCGAAGAACGUCCCUCUGGUCCUGGUGGGCAACAAGUCCGACCUGGACCACGUCCGGCAGGUCGGGACCGAUGAAGGAGAGCGACUAGCAGCUGAAAUGGCUUGUGCCUUCUACGAAUGCUCGGCCUGCGCUGACGAGGGCGGCGCCGUGGCCGAGGCUUUCCACGAGCUCUGCCGAGAGGUGCGACGCCGCAAAGCUGUGCAGGGAAAAGUCAGACGUCGCAGCUCCACCACCCACGUCAAACAGGCCAUCAACAAGAUGCUGACCAAGAUCAGCAGUUAGGGAAGCGCUGCAAAGAAACAAAAAAAUGUAAAUUCCUCUUAUGGAAAUGUUUUAGACAGUUAUUCCUUCCAAAAUGGAUGAGUGACUUAAUGUAAAAUGUGUUUUUUAUUAUUUCUGAUUGAAAAGUCCCAAGUGCAAUGACUCUUCCCUCUGGAGGAGGUAAAUGAUGCUGCAACUUUGGCACGGGAGCCGUAGCAGAUGAUUCCUUAUUUAAAACAGACUUCAUUUGGACCCAAAUAAUUCUGAAUACUGAGGAGAUCAAGAUGAAUCAAUAACACGGAAAGGUUCUUGACUUUCUUUUAAUAUUUCAUUCAUCUCUCCUUAAGCUAUUAAACAAGCCAGAGAGCAGUCUGAAAAUGAUGCAUGCAAAGUGUCCCAUCCAGCAUGCUGGGAAUCCAAAAAUGUAUUAAUACCGACGACGAGGAUUUAUGGUUGCUUCUCUGUAUGUUGUCUGUAGAGGGAUGUUGUGAUGUACUUCUUGCCAACAUGUGUAACCGUUCAGCCGACAGCGGUCAAAGAACAUUAAGAUCAGAGCACUGCUGUUAGAUAAAGGUAGAUCCUCUGUGCUUUAUGUCAAUCUUAAACAAACCCCCAGAGUUGUUGAUGUCCGUCCAAGCCUUGUGGUGAAUCUACUAUGUUCUGUUGACAUUAGCUGUUCUGCGAUGGACUGUCGGACCCAUUGUGUUUGUUCAGGACACUUAAACUCAAGAUCUUUUCCUCAAGGAACCAAAGCACAGGUCUAGAACACGUCGAGGCUCAAGAGUGAACAUUUCUGCUGUUUUCUCCAAACGCACGAAGGGACGCGACGUCACAUUUUAGGGAUAUUCUUCAUGUGCUGUAAUGUUAAUACUGUAAACUACAGCGUGUGUGAUAUAGCAUAUAAGCGAUGCUGUGUCUUAGGUGUGUACAGAACCCAAAGGCAUCUACAGUAGGAGAUACUGUAAUUGUAUAAAUGUGAUAUCUAUGUGAGCUGUCUCUGAUCAAAACAAUCAGCUGUGCACUUGUAAUUAAAAACUGAUAUAUUCCACCA